GUCAGUCCCUAGUGUUCCCAGGGUUGACACUAGCACCGGCAUCCCCUGUGCCCCUUGAAGCUGUCCCCUGCACUCCUCUUCCCAGCUGCAGGCUGGGUGGAGCCGCCCUCGCGGUUUGGGCGUGUUCUUCCCUGUGCCGGGACCCUGCGUCCUCUGUCAGGGACCCAGCAGUGGACUGCUGACGGGUGCUAGGCGCGCGGCCACCAUGACGGGAAGGUUCAAGACAAUCCAGGUUCCAGAGCAACAUGUCAGAAUGUCUGGCGGAUGCCAUGUGCCAGCGGUGCCAAGCCCGGUUUGCCCCCACAGAGCGCAUCGUCAACAGUAAUGGGGAGCUCUACCAUGAGCACUGCUUUGUGUGUGCACAGUGCUUCCGGCCGUUUCCCGAGGGGCUCUUCUAUGAGUUUGAGGGCCGGAAGUACUGUGAACACGACUUCCAAAUGCUGUUCGCUCCAUGCUGCGGAUUCUGUGGUGAGUUUGUCAUCGGCCGCGUGAUCAAGGCCAUGAACGCCAACUGGCAUCCGGGCUGCUUCCGCUGUGAGCUGUGCGACGUGGAGCUGGCUGACCUGGGCUUUGUGAAGAACGCAGGCAGGCACCUCUGCCGGCCUUGCCACAACCGUGAGAAGGCCAAGGGCCUGGGCAAAUUCAUCUGCCAGAGGUGUCACCUCGCCAUUGAUGAGCAGCCCCUCAUGUUCAAGAAUGAUCCCUACCACCCGGACCACUUCAGCUGCUCCCACUGUGGGAAGGAGCUGACCUCUGAUGCCCGAGAGCUGAAGGGUGAGCUCUACUGCCUGCCUUGCCACGACAAGAUGGGCAUUCCCAUCUGUGGGGCUUGCCGCCGGCCCAUUGAGGGCCGUGUGGUCAAUGCGCUGGGCAAACAGUGGCACGUGGAGCACUUCGUCUGCGCCAAGUGUGAGAAGCCAUUCUUGGGGCACCGGCACUAUGAGAAGAAAGGCCUAGCAUACUGUGAGACCCACUACAACCAGCUCUUUGGGGAUGUCUGCUACAACUGCAGUCAUGUGAUUGAGGGUGACGUGGUGUCGGCCCUCAGCAAAGCCUGGUGUGUGAACUGCUUCUCCUGUUCCGCCUGCAACAUGAAGCUCACUCUGAAGAACAAGUUUGUGGAGUUCGAUAUGAAGCCUGUGUGUAAGAGGUGCUAUGAAAGGUUCCCCCUGGAACUGAAGAAGAGGUUGAAGAAGCUGUCCGACCUGAGCUCCCGCAAGGCCCAGCCCAAGCCUGUGGGCGUCAACUCAGUCUGAAGGUCCUUGGCCUCCUUGCCUGCCUGCAGAACCUUAGCCCUCACCCUCUGCCCCAAGUCCUGCUAGCCACCUCCCACUUCUGCUCCAAUGCAGCCCCUCCUCCGGGGGCAUUCUGUUUCCAGUCCACUUCGGGCUAUGUAGUCCUCUCUUCUGUGCUGAGGCCUGGCCCACGUCACAAGCAUUUCCUUCCAGACCCACAACCUCCAGGGACUGGGACAAACUGGGGCAGGAUGAUUUGCCACUUGCUUGGCCCGCUGAUCCCAGCCCGAUACCUCUCCUCUCUACUCUCCCAGGAGACUCUCAGGCCCAGUGUGACCCUGGGGCUUGGCUGAGAAGCUGACCCAGCCCCAGGGCCAGCACCACGCAGACAGAGGCUUCAGGGGAGUACCCUUCAGUUAUUCAACCACAGUAGGUAGCUUGUGCUUACACUGUGUCAGCAAACCCAGCUAGAGGGCUGGGACCCCCAUUGCCUUUGCCACUCAGAAGACCUCAUAGAAAGCUUCCCAGCUGCCCACCCAGCUUGGGUCCCAUUUCCCAGGAGCACAUUGCCCUGGCCGUCUCAGACCCAAAAGUGGUGACAUACUUGCACAAUGAAGGCUGAUUCACAUUC